AUGAAUGAUAUAAGUAUGAAUAACAAUACACAAGAAGAAGAUUAUAUUGAUCAAUUAAGUUAUAUUCUUCCAUGGCAACGAUCAUUAACAUCACUUGAACGAUUUUUAAUUGUAUUGAUUGUUUCGGCAUUUGUUUCAGUUGUUGGUUUUAUUUUACUUUGUCUUAUUUGUUUUCGAUCUUCUUUAAAACGAAGAUAUUAUUCAAGAAAUAAAUUAAAUACAGAUCAACAUGGUUUGGUAAAUACAAUAUCAAGAAAAAGUUUAGCUACAGUUCCACCACCACCAAGUUAUGAAUCAAUUGUCAAAAAUGAUGAUAUUCUAGAUUUUAAUAAAUUAUCUAAGAGUCCAUAUUUAUAUUUAGCAAGAAAAUCUUCAAAUGGAACUGUAUCAGACACUGAUGGUAUUCAAUCAACUGGUAAUAAUGAUUAUGUAGCAUCAUUAAAUGGAAAAACUCGUCGUACUCGAUCGGCUCGUUCAUCAUUAUCAAAUUCUGGUACAUAUCCAACUAUUAGUAAUGCAUAUCCGUCAGGUCCAUAUGCUCAAAUAAAUGUUGAAAUUGAAAUUGAUAUAAUCGAAAAUUUACUUAAAAUUCAUUUAACAAAUGGUGAACAUUUUUUACCUCAUCCUAUAUUGGAUGAACAAACAGAAUAUUUUAUUCGUAUACAAUUAUUAAAUAAUAAUAUAUUAAAAAAAUUUUGUGAUGAACGUAAAAAACGUCGAUCAAGUUUACCAUUAAAUAUAUGGAAAAAACAACCAGAAAAAACAACGAAAAAUUUAUUACGGACAGCAAGUGAUACAUUAUUAUGUGAUGAACAUCUUCAAUUUCAAUUCAAUAGAAAUGAUAUAACAUUAACAUCAAUUCGAUUUUUAUUAUUUUGUACAGAUCGAUCUGGUUUUCAAGAUUUAAUAUUUGAAGCAUUGAUUCGUUUAAAUCCAUCAAUGAUACCUAAACAUCAAGAAAUAAUUGAAUUUAAAAAUCCUCCACAAGUUAAUUUUGGAGAAAUAUUUAUUGGUAUAAGUUAUCUUCCAACUUCAGAACGUUUUACAAUUAAUAUUAAUAAAUUACGUUAUUUCUGUAAAAUUGAAAAAGAAAAAAAUAUUGAUAUUCGUCUAGCAAUAACAUUAUUUCAUAAUGGUCGUCGUUUCUUUCAAAAGAAAAUUCCAUUGACUCUCAAUAGUUCAACAUCAAUUGAUUAUGAAAUAAAAGAUACAAUAACAGAAAAUAUUCCACAAAAUGAUAUACAUUCUAUAUAUGUACAUGUUGAAUUUAAUUCAAAAGAUAAUUCAUUCAUUUCUUCAAGUUCAAUACUUCUUGGUGAACAUACACUUUAUGAAUCUGAUUGGCAUAAAAUGCUUGAAUAUCCACGACAAAUUCAUCAUAGAUGGUAUCCAUUUCUCGGAUAA